AUGGCCGGCCCGAGGGCGAGAUCAAACAGCGUCCGCAGGGCUCGCGGACUUUCCAUUGGAGAGGAUGGCAAGGUCGUGCCGCUUAAGCGAUGGGACGGCGCCAGCAGGACGUGCAGGGACUGGGAUGGGCUACGAAGGGACCCUGAUAUAUGGGAGAGAAACGGCAACUGCCUCAUCCACUUAUACGCCAAGGGCGAUUCAAAGCGCGGGCCGUCUUUCAAGCUGCCAUUUGCCGCUCUGCUCUCGGCUGGCUGCCUCCCCCUCGUCGAAAAAUUUCUAGUCCUUGAGGGCUUGGCAUCUAAUACGGCGCAGGAGAUCGAACGGUGGGAUCAUCUGCACCCUAGGUCGACGGCUGAGCUGUAUAUACCAGCUCCGCCUAAUGCCACUGAUAAGCAGGCACAGCAGUAUCACCUAGCAAUCAGAAAUCUCUGCGCAUGGAUUCUGGGGAGGCCAAUGGUGGGUAGACACUUGGGUAGCACCCUCGUUGCGCUCCUUCACUCUAUGCGCGAGUAUAGGUCCACGCCGGGAAGUAACGUCGAUGACUUGCUGAAGUAUAUGCGCCAGGCGCAGUACCUCGACAUGGUCGGAGCGCCUACUCAUGCGACGGCGGCCCUGUACGUAGCGGAGACAUUUCAGCUCGGCAACUUGUAUAAACGGGCUUUUGCUCACUGCGUUGGUAUGCAUGAUCGCCUCUUCUCCAACUCGGAGUACCAGCUCAUCAGUGCGAUAUCGCGAUCGCUCGUCCGCAGAGCACGCCUGGAAAUGAACGCAAUGCUCCAGCAGACAACUACCAGACUCCGGAGCUUUCUGGACGAGGAACUAUCCGAAACGAACCUGGGAAUUCCCGCUGUGACUCGCGCCCACCUGGAGCGGUUUCGAAGCUUCCUACUGUCCUUUUAUUCAGCCAAGUUCGGCUAUUAUCCUCCUAGGGUUUUUGACGCUGGCCUGCUUAAUACCAUGGCGGAUGAUUUUGAUGCCUUGUACGAGCUAUUGGUAGACAGCAACUACACUGCGUCGGAUAGCAUUCCAUCAACAGCAGUCGGUGGCAUCUGCACCGAGCAGCUUGUCCAAACCUUUGACGAGAACAACCACUUUGAGCCUCUACCGCAUCCUCUGCCUCAGCUGCCCCAAGUGGAGACUUCUACUGAUGGACUCCGUCUCCUAUGCAAGAUUCCUUUCCUAGACAAGGUGGCACCGGAACAACAGCAAAUUACAAUUGCAGCUCUGAUUACGGCAUCUAACUGGACGGAAAAAUGCUUCAAGAAUGACCUCGUACAGGCGUACCGCCGGUUUGAAGAGGGCAUGAUCCUUUCCCCUAGCAAGGCCGAUAAAAGCGAAAAGAUCUCCCUAUUGGAGGCGCGCAAGGUACGAUGGGUUCUGGUCUAUGCGGUCCACCAAGUCCUCCGCCGUGCAACACGAAAACCAAUAGAGGUGGAUGGUGAGAACGCGCCGUACCAUCUCACAGCCUCGAUGAACUGCAUCCCUCCCUGGUCAUCGGCACCUCGUGAAUCAAAGAAGUCCUUGCGGAUUAAAACCGACAUUGUGGCUGUCGACGAACCCGCGCCCAAGCGAACCAUCAAAAUUCAGGAGGCGGCGGUUGGCAAGAUAGAGAUCAAGCCCGACAUUGAUUAUUUUGCCCUGACGCACAAGAGUCGCAAUCCAUCCUUGUCUACCAUGUCUGAUGGUCCAUCGCCCACCACCUUGUCCCGCUCAAGCUCAUUUUCAAUGAGCCUGCGGCGCAACUCGACUAUCCGCAGGUCACUAAGGAUAUUGCGGAGGAGCUCCAUGUCGGGAUCACAAUCAUCAAUGACGCCGGCUGGGAAACCAUUGUACCACGAGAUUGUGGUACAGGGCUAUGGAAAUGGAACACAAACAGUUACCGUAGAGCCGGACGAGGAGGGGCUGACGAUGAAGGGCAAUCUGGCGGGUCGCAGCGACUCGACGGCAUCCUCGCAGUCGAAUUCUAGCUCCGGCACCACGGCCUCGUCAAUCCCCGAGAGCAUGAGCAGCACGAUCGACACGCUCUCCUCGAGUGCACUUUCCAGCCCAGCAACGCCUACUACAGAUGCGGUUUUGGAGCUUGAGCUUAUGCUCGCCCGCUGGGGCCCACAAGACAAGGCGCCGGUAAGAAUGGGUCUGCCGCGUUCGGUCUCAGCCAGCGCCAUUUCCGGCGACCUGGAAAACUUGGCGGCGGGGCUCCACUACUACCCAGAAGCCUUGCCCGAAGCCUUGGACAGGAAAGAGGAUGUCAAGAGAAAAAGAAGAAGUUUAGAGCCCGCGCGGUCGGCGCCGGCGCCUGCCGCCCUGCAGCGACGCUACACAAUGCUUGGAGACCUUCGACGGAAAAAUUUUGGGUUUGAGGCCAGACCCAUUUCUGUCCGCAUUCGCGAAAACCGUAUUACCGAGGAAACAUGGACUCCCAGCCGGAGAGAUUCCGACGAUUGGUCCAUGAUGCUGGCGUUCAUGGACGGGACUGAUAAUAAAGACGCUACAACUAAUCAGAACGACGCCUGGGCACAAUAUUCGGACCUUGGAGGACUUACAGAUAUGAGUUAG